GUUUCGUUCCACUACGAAUACGAACGAAUUCAUAUCAUAGGCCCCGAACGAAAUGUGAAAAAGCAUUGCCACACAGAAACCAUUUAUUCGGACUUUCGGAAUCAGCUGGUAAACGUCAAAAUGUGAAAAUCAAAAUUGAAAUUUAAUCUUGGAUCUUGCUGUUUUUGUGUAUUUUUUAAAAUGGAUUCAUUUGCAGUCGCUAUUUUUGCAAUUAAUGAAGAAAAUUUGGAACGAAAACGCGGAUUAAAAAUACAAAGAAAAAUUUUAAGGGAUGCAUUUAAUCCAUUUGACAAUGAUGACAAAAUAUUCAGAAAAAACUAUAGGGUGAACAAAGCAGCAUUUAAAUAUUUAUUGGAGGAGCUGGAUCAAGAACUGGACCCGUGUGUGUUCUCAUUUUCAAUCACACCUAUCAGCAGAUUAGCAGCUGUGCUUAGAUUCCUGGCAGAAGGAGGGUAUCAAUACGGCGUAGGAAAAGACUUUGAGAUUGGAAUGGCACAGUCUACGUUUUCUGCAAACCUGAAAACAGUGUUAAAUGUUUUAGAAAGAAAACUGUGUCCAGUAUUUAUUAAACUGGAAAUGACUGACGCUGAAAAACUUGAAGCUAAACGUGACUUCUACUCCAAAGCAAGAUUCCCAGGAACCAUCAUGGGUGUCGAUGGAACACACAUUAAAAUAAUUGCACCAGUGGAAGAAAAAUUUGUAUACUACAAUAGAAAAGGAUACUACAGCCUUAAUGCUAUGGUGAUAUGUGAUAACAAGAUGCGCAUUAGAUUUGUUGAUGCAAGGUAUCCAGGCUCAAACCACGAUUCUCAUGUGUGGAAUCUUAGUUCGGCGAGAGCACAUUUCUUAACUAAAUUUCGAGAAGGCGAAAGAAGCACCUGGAUUUUAGGUGACGCCGGAUAUCCUCUCGAGCCAUGGCUUAUUACUCCAUAUCGUUGUCCCGAGCCCGGUAGUCUUCAAAGCAAUUUUAACUUGAUGCAUAGCAAAACACGAAAUAUGGUGGAGAGAGUUAUUGGAGUAAUAAAAAAUCGUUCAAGGUGCAUACUUUCAGCACGUCAACUACAUUAUUCGCCUCAAAAAGCCGCACAAAUAAUCAAUGUUGCAUGUGCUCUGCAUAAUAUAUGCAUUCAUUUUAAGGUGGAAGAUGAUUUUGGAAGUGUUGAACCUGAUCCUGAAACGGAAGAAGCAAGUGAAGGAGGGAACGAUGAGUCGAACUACCAUAAUGUAGCCGUCCAAAUAAGAGACAACAUUUUGAGUGCAUUAACUUAAGAAAAUCCAGUUCAUUUUUAUUUUUUGUAAUUCAAAACAUACAAAAAUAAAUACUUUCAAAAUAAACACUUAAAAAAAGUUACAUUUCAAAUAUCACAUUCAGAAUUCAUAAACAAAAUAAAAACUUAAUAUUUUGACUCCUCGA